AUGACAGAUACAGUUACAAACAGCCAACAGCAGCCACUACACUCUCCAGGUGCCGGAACUCAACUGCCUUCCAAAGAACAAGAACAACAAGAAUAUACCAAUCUAAUCAAUUCACUCCCCACACGAUGGGAAAUUGAACUUGAAUUUGUUCAAUCACUAAGCAACAUACCGUACUUGAGCUAUCUUGCUCAGAAUAAUUAUCUCCAGGACCCAUGUUUUGUCAAUUACUUAAAAUAUUUACAGUAUUGGAAAGAACCGCAAUACCUGCGAUAUUUAGUUUAUCCCAAUUGUCUACAUAUUCUAUCAUUGUUGCAACUGGAACAAUUUAGACGGGAUAUAGCCAAUCCAGAAAUCAUGAAUGUAUUGAUGAAUGACAUGGUGACAAGAUGGCAGGAGAAUGGAGAUGGUGGUUUGGAGGAUAAGGGAGUUAUUAAUAGAGAAGAACUGCAAAAUGAAAACAAGGGCUUGAGUGCGGAAGUGGUGAAAGGAAACAACAAGAGAAAUGGGUCAGAGGCAGUCGUUGGAACUAUAAAAGAAGAAAAUGAGGAUACCGAGCAGCAUGGUGAAGAAGUAGAUGUGAAAGAUAACGACGUGAAAGAUGAAGAUGGUGAUAUCAAUAUCAAGUAG